CGUUAAAGUGGUGCAAUGUGCUUGUCCUGGAAUGGAUUUAGAACAGGCAUUUCAACUAGUAGGAGAAUUUGGAUUAUAUCAGAAGCAGAUGGUGUUGAUUCUUGUGUUACUCCAGGUGUAUAUGGCAUUCCAGUCGAUGCUUAUUGUUAUCAUUGGAGCUGUUCCAGAAUACCACAUUGAUCAAGUGGACAAUACCAGCAAUGAGGACUCCAUUGUGACAGAGUGGUUUCUUACAAAGCAACAUGCUUACAAGGUCAGCUUGGCAGGCUCUUUGUUUUUUGCUGGGGUCUUGGUUGGAAAUAUUUUGUUUGGACCUCUCUCGGACAAGAUUGGAAGGAAACCCGUCUUCCUAACAUCUCUGUUCUUUGAGGUGUUUUUUGGCUAUGUCACCGCCUUUGCUCCCAGCUAUGAGGUGUUUGCGUUGUCGCGUCUGUUGGUGGGUGUGACGAAUGGGGGCAUGGCCCUCGUAUGUUUCGUUCUCACCCAGGAGUAUGUGGGCAAAUCCUACUGGGCGAUGACAGGGACAUUAUCUAAUAUGACCUUUGCUCUGGGGAUCGCUCUGUUUGGAGCCCUUGGCUACUAUGUCCGACCUUGGCGUAACCUGGCCACUGCAGCAAACUGCCCUGGCGUCCUGUUUUUACUACUUUGUGUUACUCUCCCGGAGUCGCCUCGCUGGCUGUAUUCUCGUGGUUACACUGAGCAGGCGGAGAAGGUCCUGCAGUACAUGGCCGUGCGGAAUGGAAAUGUGAACGCCUCAGCCAAAGUAAAGCUCUACAAGUGUCCUGGCUCUGCUAAGACUGCUAACCAGGGCAACAGUGGCCCUGGCCUCCUCGGCCUGGUCACCCACCCAGUGCUCCGUUGGAGGACAGUGGUGCUCAUGUAUAUCUGGUAUUCUUGCAGCCUGGUGUACUAUGGACUGACCAUGAAUGCCAGUGAGGACAGUGGGAACCGCUAUUUAAGCGUGUCAAUGUAUGGACUAGUGGAACUCCCGGCCUAUCCUCUUUGUUUCUAUUUUAUCAACAAGCAGUGGGCCGGGCGAAGGAAAACCAUGGCCGGUUUUCUAGGUUUAGCUGGCUUGUCAUGUCUGUGCACCAUGCUUGUCCCAGUAAAGGCUGGGGCAUUUUUCAGUGCUACAUCUUUAGCUUUGUUAGGGAAGCUGUUGGUCAGUGCUGCUUUCAACAUAGUGUACGUCUACACUACUGAACUGUACCCCACUGUCAUAAGGAGCGCUGGUCUUGGGGUCUGCUCAAUGUCUUGCAGAGUUGGAGGGAUUCUGGCUCCUUUUGUGCCAUCUAUGAAAGCCUUGCACACCUCCAUGCCCUUUAUGGUGUUCUGUCUCAGUGGGAUCUCUUCAGGUUGCCUGGGUCUUCUUCUCCCUGAAACACUCAACAAACCUGUAGCUGAAACACUGGAUGAGCUCAGCAGCCCUGCUUACCACCGCAUUGUAGAGAAAGAGACACACUUGUUUGAAGAAGUCCAACUGAAAAGAAACUCAAACUGAAUCAGUGACUCAUCCUGAGAGAACAGUCAAAAGCAAUCAGGCAGGAGUCUCUUGUAGCCUGCCCACAUACCAGUGCUUUCUCACAAGGGACCAGUGGCCCCUGUAUCCACAGAGAAGCAAGUAAAGGGGGCUAGCAACAUGCCGUGAGGAAUGGUGGGCCAUUUUACAGGGAAACGCACACGUUAACUGUGUUUGUGAUUUUGUAUCUGUAUGUGUUGUGACUCGUUUGGGUCAUUAAACAGGCCGUCUUUUUCCAGAGCUGUUUACAUUUGUCAUAUGAUGGCUAGGUUGGACAAUAACAUUACUACAUCAUAAAUAUGUUUUGUAUUGUGCAGUGUAAUGUAAAGUGCCUUAUUAAACCACUGUUUAGCAAUAGUGAGUCUGUCAUGUUGAAUGUACUGUCUUUGUCCCCAUGUAUGUGAUAUCAAGUUGAGGAUGACUGCAAUUACUGCCAAAGUUUCAGUUUUCUUUGUUACAACUACUAAUCUGAAGCUUGUAGUUUAAAUGGUUUUCUUCCAUAUAUGUUGUACAUGUGCUCUGCUGGUCAGACCAAAUUUCAGUUGCAAUGAAAAUACAAAUUAUAAAAAGAUUAUAUAAUAUAAAUGUCUAUUUUGGAAAUGGUGUCAAUUAUUAUUUAUUUUUUAACAGAUAUUUUGUAUGGAAUGCUUGUAUUAUACAUACUUGCUGAAGUUUAUGCUACUUGUGUAGUUCAUGUCAUUGUAAAUUUUUUAACUAUGGUUUUGUAAUUACACUUUUGAAAGUCAUUUGAGAAUUGCCCUGUUAGCUACAUGACCAUUUUGCUACAUUGUGCCACCGGUAAAAAGUUCUGACAAGCCAUAACUUCUGCUGUUUCAGUUAUUUUAGUUUUUUUUUUUUUUUACCAACAAGUGUGUAAUUACAAAACAAAUCUGUGGAUACUUAAGUCAUUACUGAUGUGGAAUUCUAUGCUUUUUAUUGUGUAGUGACAUAUAACACAUGUAUUAACAGUUAUUGAAGUACUGUUACCAUUUAUUAAUGUGAUACAUUUACUUCUUAGUCGUUUAGCAGAAGCUCUUAACUAGAAGGACUCGCAGGACCAGUUAAGGUUGUGACUUGCUCAAGCACACAUCAACACAUUUUAUUAUUUCUUUUCUGUAAUUCUAACAGACAUGGUAGUGUUUUAUAAUGAAACACAAUAAGCAAAGUAAGUUAACACUAGAGGGCACUCUAAUAACAGUAAAAUCCUGAACUCUGUUGCGUUUGGUCUUUUCUCAAUGAGGUGUCACCACUGAGGGUCUAGAAAAGGUUUGUUCUGAGGUAGAGUAAACUGCAGGCUAUAUAAAUAAAAAUGUCCUAUGCUGUA